ACAUUGUUUAACAAAUUAAUAAAAGAGGCACGGUAGCUACAUCGCAGGUGAAGACGUGGGUAAUAUAUGGUUUAUCCAUUUUGCAACACGAACUGGAGGUUUUUCAAGGAACUUGAAGAUCGUCACCAGCAAAACAUCGUAAUCGAUGACAUAAGUGACAUUGUUUCAAGGCAUGCUCAGGCAAACUUUGACCCCUAUGUGACAUACUGCUCGAAUGAAGUGUACCAGCAGAGGACCCUGCAAAGGCUCCUAAAUAAAAGCUCAUCCUUUAAGGAGGUACUGACAGGGAUCGAGGCCCACCCAGACUGCCGGAACCUUCCCAUGAUCUCCUUCCUCAUCCUUCCCAUGCAGAGAGUCACACGGCUGCCCCUGUUGAUGGAUACCAUAUGCCAGAAGACGCCCAAAGAUUCGAUCCCUUACGAGGCAUGUAAAAAAGCUCUGCAUGCUGUCAGCAAGCUUGUGAGGAAGUGUAAUGAGGGUGCUCGUACAAUGGAGAGAACGGAAAUGAUGUACACCAUCAAUUCCCAGUUGGAGUUUAAAAUUAAGCCAUUCCCACUGGUGUCGUCCUCCCGCUGGAUGGUGAAGCGUGGUGAGCUAACGGCUUUCGUAGAGGAAAAUGGGAUCUUUUCCAAGAGGACAUCUCGCCAGCAGGUCUAUUUCUUCCUCUUCAAUGAUGUUCUCAUUGUCACACGAAAGAAAAGCGAGGAGAGCUAUACAGUUAUAGACUACGCACUGAGGGAUCAGAUCUGGGUGGGGUCUUGUCAGGCAGAAGACCUGAAUCUCUCUCCAGUACGUGGCACUGCAGGAAUGCUGACGUCACGACAGAACGUGGCCAGCCACCUGUUCCAGAUCAGUUUCCGCAGCAACUACUCUGGAGACAAUGUGACCAUGAUCUUAGGGUUGGAGCUACUUAAUGAGAGAGCCCGGUGGAUCAGUGCUCUAGGACGGAACAACAGUGACAACAAGAAUGACAGAAUGAACGCCAUGCAGGUGGAGGUGACGAGGACGUACACAGCCAGGCAGCCGGAUGAGCUCUCUCUACAGGUCGCUGAUGUGGUGUUGCUGUCACAGAUAGUGGAUGGCUGGUAUGAAGGAGAGCGUCUGCGGGAUGGAGAGAGGGGCUGGUUCCUAGCGGAGUGUGCUGAACUCAUCACCUGUCAGGCAACCAUCGAGAAAAACAUGCAGCGGAUGGACCGUCUGCAAAGCCUAGAGACCAAUGUCUGAGACAUUACCUCCUGAGGAACGCACAGCACAUGAUAAAACUGUGGAUGAACUCGAACCACUACAGUGCAGUAACUGCUUUAG